AUGAGCAAGCCCAUCAUCCUCUGGAAGCCCAGACCGAAACUCACCUCGGAUGAUGCGUGUACCACCAUUCUCAAGUACUCUCUUCCCCCACCGCCCAAUCCCCCUCCGUACGCCUCGACCGCCGAUGAUACCAGCAAUCUGUCAUACAUCCCCUCCCUUGCAUACUUUUGCAUCCAGAAGCUACAUGAAUAUCCAGAUCAAGUACAUUCUAUUGGUCCCGCCAGAAUAGCAUACCAGCCACCAGAUACCCCGGAGUCAUACGAUAUCCUCCGUGCACUUAUUCCCUUCUACCGUCCUGACGAGCAGCUGGACCUCUCGCAAGUUGAUCCCCGCCUCUGGGCCGUCCUCAUACAGCUCUAUUCUGACCUCCCAGAAAUAUUCCGCACUUAUAAAUUGGCCCUCUCCGACCCCCAUCUCCAGCUGCUGCAGCGUAUUCCAUCAACGGUCGACUUCUCCGUUCUCACUGUGCUAGAGCUUCCUUACUGUCUGGAGCUCACGGAUGACACCGUUGUAGAGCUAAGAGCGCUAUACAACCUGUGUGCCCUUGACGCAAGUGGAACUGCACUCAGCGUGUUUGGUCUGAAGACACUGGCCAAGACACUCACCUACGGCGAAGACGAAGAACACGUAGGCAAUUCACUGAUGCGGCCACGGAGGGGUCCCUGGGGACUGCGCAUCCUCAGUCUACGAAACUGUAUCAAUGUGAAUAACACAAUAUUUGAGUGUCUGGAGAGCUUCCCCUUGCUCAGCGUUGUCGAUCUUAGAGGCACGCCGUGCAACGACGGCAUUGGAGGGCCCUUCCAGCCCAGUGGCAGAAUGGAGCUGUUUUACCCGUCUACGAUGACCUCCGCCCUCGCCCAUCUUUCCACCUUAUCGUCCAAGCUAUUCUCCCAUGCCGAGCCAUUCUUCCUCCACGUUAAUGCCCUCCACUAUCAACCUUCUCGUGCGCGACGAGCGUCGCCCAAAAUAUCGCUCAAACUCACUCCCAAAUGUGCCACGAACAUUUUCCAGCAUGUCCCGGUAUAUUCCGCACCGGCGAUGUCACAUAAUAAGCUCGAAAACCUUUCAGAAGAUUACCGCGAGGAAGAUAGACGGAGCCAAUCCGAACAAUACACAGAGAACGAGGACGAAGAAGAAUCAGAAGAGGAGGGAUAUAGGGAUGGCAACGAAGAGACUGACUUGAGUAUCGAUGAAGAGGAUGAAGAAGAGGGAUAUUACGAAGGCAGUGAGGAUAACAACUCGAGCUUCGACGAAAAUGAAUGGUAUUCGUACUUGGCGAAAGUACAAAUUGAUGCUGCAGUCCGUGAAGCACUUCGCGAAGGCGAGCGCCGCACCGUACACAACUUCUACCAUGGCGCUCUCACCUCUACUGCACAUCGCCUUCCGCCAAGACCGGAGGGCGUGCAUCGUCUCCACAAGGACUUUCCUCGACAGCCUCCACCUCUUCCCCCCAUUCCACUCAUGCUCUUCCGGGAGCCACCUGCGUGGAGCACACUCUCUUUGCCACCCCCAGCCCCACCGGACUCUGAAGGCGACAGAGCUCGCAAGCGGUCGAAAAAGUGGCUUGAUAACGAAUGGACGAGCGCGGACGCGGCGCGCAAGAACGCACAGGCGCGUGCAGGCGUUAGCAGCGUGUUCGGGCUCGUGCAGCAGCGGGUACAAGCCCAGCAGUCUUCCAACGUAGCGCAACCGCACGCGGAUUGGCAGCAGGGACGCAGACCGAUUUCCAAGAACCCGUUUGCGAGGAGUACUAAAGAAAGCGGCCAACCGUCAAAGGGAUCGUCAGAGAACACCAGUAACAUCAGCAACAGUCGCCUGUCAGCGAGCAGAAUGUCCGUGCCAACGCCUUCGUCAUCGUCGAGACAUUAUAAACAAAGGGAUGAGGGUACAGAAAUGCCUGAAGUAUCGCGACCAGCAUCCAGCCGUCCUUUGAAACCGAUAUCUUCACUCAAGAUACCGAUUUUGCCGGACAGCGCGAAGCCCUGGUUAGCUGCAAAGGCGAAACCACAACUGAAAGACAAGAAACCAGUCGUCGCGGGGAAACAAGCAACGCUGCCAGGCCUCGUGCGCAGUGGGAGUCUGAAGACGCAGUCCACCAAGUCCGAGAAGGGGAGCCAAGCAGGGCAGACGAGCUCGCGGCCAACGGAGAGCAGUAUCAAGAAGGUGAAUAUGAAGAAGGGCAGAGAGACGAACGUAAGGGAUUUUGACUGGAAAAGCUGGAGCCAGAACUAG